AUGAAGUCGACUCUCCUCGCCAUCAUAGGCUUUGCCAGCCUUGCCCUUUCUGCUCCAACCGUCGAUCCACGCCAAUCGUCCCUAGAAGAAAUCACGGAUAGUUAUGUUUUCAGCAUUUCCAUCAGCGAGUUCAACAGCAACCGCAACGGCCAAGUCGGCCCUGCAGAGCUAGACUGGAAUUCUGACGGCUGCUCCUCUUCACCCGACAAUCCGUUCGGCUUUGACUUCAAAGACUCGUGCAAUCGCCACGACUUUGGCUACCGCAACUUCAAAAAGCAAUCGCGCUUCGAGGCCAACAAAGCGAGGAUUGACAGCAACUUCAAGCAAGACAUGUUCAACCAGUGUCAGAACGAGAGAUUCAAGGAAGCUUGUCGAGCGACGGCUACGAUUUAUUAUGAGGCGGUGAAGGCCUUUGGGAGGAAGCGGGCUGCGGAGAUAAGAGAGGCAAGGCGGGCGGCUGAGGAGAUGGAGGCUAAGGAGACAGACUCAUGCCAUUGUGUUGGUGUGAAGAAUGGUGAAGGGUUCGGUGAUGGACCUCAAGAGCUGGAGAGCUGGAGAGCUGAAGAGCGGACCUCGAUGCACAUCGAGACGACAAGCGAAAUGCAUCCUGUAGAGAAGCUGCGCCAGCUCUCCGCGCCGCAUUGCGUGCUGCUAGCCGUGCAAUACGCAACCGAGUCCAACGUCAAGGCGCUGCGAGCCUUGACAGCCCUGCGGGAUGCCGACCUACCGCUGGAGCUCAUUCUGAGCAUUCUCCUGACAUAUCUUCCUGAAGAAUUCGAACCGGCGUCCUACAUCGAAUACCUCCACGAGCUUGCGACCGCCUCGCGAGACCCAGGCGAAGACCCCGCUGCAGUGUUGGAUGUAGCUUCGGUGGAGGAGCUGUCGUUGUCACGGGCAAAGAAGAGGAGGAAAGCACUAGACUUGUUACCAGUCAUACACCCAUUGUAUGCUGCAGAAGAUGAGCUCGACGUCAUCAGCCACUUCCUUGUCCACCGCGCGCACCGCAUCGAUGCCCAGACCGGCCUCCUCGACCUCGUGCCCCAGCUCAUCGUCCCCUUCUUGGACCAUUCCGAGUACCUCCGCACGUGGUUUAUAUCAACCGUCCUACCGCUCCUCCGCCUCAGCUACGAAUACUACCCACAAAACGCGACUGCCUCGCUGGACGAGUUCGCACGUCUGCAGGGCAGGCGCGCCAUAGAACACCAGUUCGCCAACGUGCGGCAUGCCAGUGGAGGUGACAAGAGUCAUGUGGCGCGGGAUAUCAAGGGUGUUGUCGCUCCGUGGAUGUGUGGUGCACACCAUCGCAAGCGGCGAAGGCUCUCGCACCAAGGACCAAGGGCCUCAGUAGCGCAAGAAACACCACACGCGCCAGGCGACUGGGAAUGCUUGUUCGAGUGGAUACUUCACACGUCCAAAGAGAACCUGCAGUUGGCCACGACGGCCAUCAGCGAAUGGGACGGGCCCGAAGACAUGGACCUCGGUGGGUACGAGGAGGGACGGGACUAUGUCGACGAUGAGCAGCAGCGCAGACUGGAGGUGCAGUACGCCCAGACUGCUCUCGCCUGUCUUUACUUGGUUGAGAAGAGCGACGUACCGACACUGCAGACUGCCCAUUCAUUGUUGGGACGGAUAUGCGAUCUGCUGAACCACGAACCUCCACCAAAUCUCAGUGAGCCGCUUCUGCAGGACGCUUCUGCGGCUCUUCUCCAAGAACAACGUCUACUCGAGUCCGACAAUGUCAUCACGACGCCUGGUCACGGCAGUAUACAGGUGCUCAAACUUAUCCUCUUUUCAGCAUGCGCUUUGUCCACCCUACAAUAUCCCGUCUCGAUGCGACAGCUUGCGACUAUGUCUUUGCGCGACGACCACGCCGAACAAAUCUCCUUGCUACAAAAAGUCGUGCACCAGCUGAGCAGCUCGAGAAAGGACAGUGAUCAAUGGACAAGCGCAAGAAUCAAGCUUCUCUGGCUCUGGAACUGGGGCACAGACAGGCAUGACAGCGAUCGCCACGCACAGGGCAUCCUUGGUAUGCUCAGGAGGAGUGAGGUUGAGACAGAAGUACUCAAGGCGCUCAUAGAGAGCAGCCACUAUCCUCUUGUUGUGCAGACAUACAUCAGACCCAGUACUGGCCAGCCACCACUGCCUCUCCAAGAGGUAGAGCGAGUUAUUCUGUCGUCGACCAUGAAUCACUACGAUGGCGCCAGUAAUGGUAAUCGAACUAGAGGCGGCAUGAAACGCGCCGCAGAGACUGUCGCUGCAUUUGCACCUCAUUUCUCCAAGUCGUCGCGCUUCCAGCGCACGCAGGCUUUGCUCUCUGCGACACAUGCCAUGUCGUUUUAUUCACUUAUCCUCCAACACGUAGAUCGGAAGAAGACUGCUACUGAGCGCCGUGUUAUUGGUAUGGCGAUUGAUGCAGCUUUGGAAGAAGACGACUUCGAAACAGCUUACUCCUACGUCGUGAAUCGACUGACACCAUCGACACCAUCACCAACACCAUCCAUUGCAUCCCAGCGAUUUUCUUUUGGCUCAGUUGACACUGAUGAGCAUGAAGAUGAUGCGGAAGACGUAGCAUGGAAAGCAGCAUUACGUGCUGGUCGAUACAGCUCGACAUCGCUCUCCAACUCAUGGUCGCAAUCUGCUGCGCGACCAGACCUCCGCCGCCUAGAACAACGCAUGGAGCUCUUAUCACAAGCGCUGCUCCUGGCUCCUCCGAAUCACCUUGAAGAAGUGCUCAAUGUAUGGCAACAGUGCGAAACUGAGAUGACUACCCUCUUGGCUGCAGAGACAGAAGCAGAAGAGCGGUUCAACGAUGCCGCCGACCGCAAGCUGCCUGGUACGUUCAUUAAUGAGACCAUCACCGUUCAGCCGCGCCGUGAAGUUGGGCGCGGUGCCGUCGAAGAAGCACCUAUGGGCCUUUUCGACGUUGCUCGAGGAGCAGCAGCAGCCUUCUCCAAGUCAGCGUUCCCGCUUCGUGGCGGUGCACAGGCAGCAUCAAGUGCGGAUGCGCGCGAUACAAGCAUGAGCUCGAGUCGCGUCAGCAUGGACUUUAGCGAUUCGGGUAGCAUGAGUGGACACGAUGAGCGCAUGAGGAAAAGAGAUAUGGUCGCAAGUGCUGCGACUGGAGCGUUGGCAAGCGGCACCGGUGCACUUGCCAGCGGACUGGGCUGGAUGUUAGGUAAGUCUCAUUUUACACUGCAGAUAUUGGGUCCUGGGUUAAGGCUAAUUUCGAGCAGGUGCCAAACCAGUACAAGAACAGGAGCGCGAGUAGCAUACUAUAGGCAAACAACAAGAAAAGAUACCCACCUCAACGGCGAGCGACAUGAUGACUUCCUGCAUCUUGCUCGUCGUCGUUUGUAA